CAGGUGUCUCGUGUUUUGCUCAAAGGCUGACGGUUGCACGGGGUUACUCAGGAGCUGCCGGACCCUUCCACAAUCCAAUCAUGCUUAUCUCUGGAAAGCCUUAUAGGGCACCCUGUGAGAUUCUCCAGGCGACCACUUGAUAUAGCAUAGCCCCUUAAAGAGGCAUAGGCUGCCACUGUGUUUGAAGCACCAUCGCAGCCGCGCCAAAUCCCCGGAGUGUGUCUCUUCUGGAGCCACCACCGCUUUGAGGACUUUGCCAUAAUCUGACCCGGGCCAAAAGCUGCAGGAAUCACCCAAGGUCACAUGAACAACCAGCAGGAAGCAUCACACCUAGUUGAAGCGAGGGAUAGAGCUAGGGAGAGGAUGCCACCGCCAGCAGGCCGACAAAGCCCCGCCGAAGGGCCUUCAGCGCCUGUUGCCAGCGAGAUCAAGGUCAUGGAAGUGGAUGCCUUCUGCAGCGUCCAUGACAUGAUCCAUGCCGCUAUUCUGUCCUAUGGGUGCCAAGCAUCCUUGCGUGAGAUCUACCGGGCAUGCGAGCAGAGGGGCCGCAUUGCAUACAAGCGCUCUGGAGGCUCCCGCUUCAUCACUCACAAUGACCAUUGGAAGAGCCAGAUCAGACACGCCCUCUACACUGGGGAGCGCUUUGUGCGGGCUUCGGAGGGAGCAGACUGCUGGACGGUGUCGAAGCCCUUUGGGAAGGUUGUGCCAGCCUCGACCAAGGUGCUGAUCAGGACCAACGAGGAGGGGACGUGCGUUAUCGACGAGGGAGUCGAGGCGAACAGAAAGGGUGCCCCGCGCGGUGCCCCCCGCCGGACCACCCGCUCCAAGCACGCCCUCGACGAUGACCCCCUGCCCAUCUCCCCCAGACGCAAACGCUCCAGGACGACGCGCGCGGCUGCGCGGUUUGAGACAGGGUCGGCGGCCGACGACGGGGAGAUGACGUGGCGCGGCGGCCGCGGCCGCACCGCAGGCGCUGGGGGGAUGGCUGCCGCUGCCGAGGAGUCAUCACUGCUGCAUGACGGCUCCGACAGCGUUGCCUCCGGCGCUGGCCAGCUCGGCUCGCCCCUCGCCCGGCCCAGCCCGGAUGAGGCGUUUGCGGGACCGUCGGGCUUCCAGGGGAGCGCGCAGGGGGGCAUCGAGGGAAUCGAUGAGAGCAGCCAGAACGAGCGCCUGUGCGGGCCCCGCGGCAACCGUGCUGCCGCAGGAGCAAUCAGGAAGCGGAGCAUGCUCAGCCUGAGCCCGGCGGACGACGAGGUGGAGACGCUGCUCGCGCAGUCCAGCGCGGCCCACGCGCUCGGCCAGCCGCCGCAUGCCGCGGGACGGCCUGGUGCGCCAAAUCUGGUCGCCUCGGCCGGCGGCGGCGGCCGAGGCCGGUGGCGUCAGCGUCUGACGCUCGCGCCGCAGCGCUCCGCCUGGGGCCGCAAGCCCGCCGAGCCGCCCGCCGAAGAGGAUGCCGCGCUUGGGAAAUUGCUAUCAGGCUCGCACUCGCCGCAGGACGGCGCAUCCCUGCGCCGGGCGCGGUCAGCCGAGGCCGAGUCGCCGCCGACGACGCAGCUGUAUGCGCUGCGGUCGCGCGCGUGCCCCCACCGCUCUCCACCCGGCUUUGGCACCUGCCCCGACCCCGAAGCCGCUGCCGCCGCCGAGCGCGCUGCCUCCGCCACUCAAGGGCCCAUCAAGUCCCGCCUCAAGGCGGCUGCAAAGGCGGCUGCCGCAGCAGAGGCUGCGUCGGCCGCACGCGCGGCCCAUGAGGAGGCCUGCUCAACGUACACUGACGAGGAUGCCAUUGCAGACGAGGCUUACACCAGCGGCGCGGCUGAUGCGCGCAACUUGCGCCGGAAACCAGGGGCCACCGCCGGGGGGGCCUUCUGCAGCGGUGGGCUCACCCGGGCCGCCGAGGGAGGGGACCUGCUCCUCCAGAUCGCCCCCCGCACCCGCAGCGCCGGCGCUGCAUCGGACGCCCGGAAAGGAGGUCGCGGCAGGCCGCCCAUGAAGCUGAUCGACCAGGUGAACCAUAAGACAGCGACCACCUACGGGGGGACCGUCGCCACCGCGGGCGGCACCGGGGGGUCCGGUUCGGCCUACCUCAUCCCCCCGACGCCGUCCAUGACCGCGCGUUAUCACCACCCGGGGCUCGCAUCGUGCUCGACGACCCCUGCUGCGACCCCCUCGCUCACCCCGCCGCGCACCCUCAUGUCCACGCUGCAGGGAGCCGCAUCGAGCGCGGCACCGGCAAAGCAGGGACAUCCCGCAGACGCCACGCUGCUGGCGUACGGAGAAGAGCUGCCCCCAGAAGACUGCACCGAGGGCGCCGAUGAGUCAGACGACGGCGGCGCGCGGCGGCUGCUGCGCUCGCACGCGGCCGCCGCCGCCGCCAACGGGCCGAACGGGGGGUUCAAGCGAGCCGCGUACCAGACUCCAGAGCUGACAAUGGCGUCGUCGCUCUACAUGGACAUAAAAACCAAGGAGCGCCGCUCGGCCUUCAUCAAACCCGAAGAGGGCAAGUUUGGCCUGCGCGCCUGGCAGCAGUGA